AUGGCCACUGCACAAUUGCAGAGGACUUCCAUGAGUGCAUUGGUAUUUCCCAGUAAGAUAUCAACUGAGCAGCAGUCUUUGGUAUUAGUGAAGAGACUGUUAGCAGUUUCAGUAUCCUGCAUCACGUAUUUGAGAGGAAUAUUUCCCGAGUGUGCUUAUGGAACAAGAUAUCUAGAUGAUCUUUGUGUCAAAAUUCUGAGAGAAGAUAAAAAUUGUCCAGGAUCAACACAGUUAGUGAAGUGGAUGCUAGGAUGCUAUGAUGCUUUACAGAAAAAAUAUCUAAGGAUGGUCGUUCUAGCUGUAUACACCAAUCCAGAAGACCCUCAGACAAUUUCAGAAUGUUACCAGUUUAAGUUCAAGUACACAAAAAAUGGACCAAUCAUGGACUUUAUAAGUAAAAAUCAAAGUAAUGAAUCUAGCAUGUCAUCUGCCGAUACCAAGAAAGCAAGUAUUCUCCUCAUUCGAAAGAUUUAUAUUCUAAUGCAAAAUCUGGGACCUUUACCUAAUGAUGUUUGUUUGACCAUGAAACUUUUUUACUACGAUGAAGUUACACCCCCAGACUACCAGCCUCCUGGUUUUAAGGAUGGUGAUUGUGAAGGAGUAAUAUUUGAAGGGGAGCCUAUGUACUUAAAUGUGGGAGAAGUUCCAACACCUUUUCACACCUUCAAAGUAAAAGUGACCACUGAGAAAGAACGAAUGGAAAAUAUUGAUUCAGCUAUACUAUCACCAAAACAAUUGAAAACACCACUUCAAAAAAUCCUAAUGGACAAAGAUGAUUUAGAAGAUGACCAAGAACAUUACAUAAGUGAUGAUUUUGACUUUGAAACUAAAAUGGAAGAGCAGAAAAAAAACUCUGGAGUUUCUGAAGUUGGCGAACCAAAUUUGGUUUGUGAGGAAGAUGAAAUUAUGAGGUGUAAAGAAAGUCCAGAUCUUUCAAUUUCUCAUUCUCAGGUUGAGCAGUUAGUUAGUAAAACAUCUGAACUUGAUGUGUCUGAAAGCAAAACAAGAAGUGGAAAAGUCUUUCAGAAUAAAAUGGCAAAUGGAAAUCCACCAGUAAAAUCUUCUAAAGAAAAUCGGAAGAGAAGUCAACCUGAAUCUGGGAAAACAGUUCUCCAUCACUUUGAUUCUUCUAGUCAAGAGUCAGUGCCAAAAAGGAGGAAAUUUAGUGAACCAAAGGAACAUAUGUAAAAAUUACUUUUUCUACUACACAUUUGCAAAGUUCUUCUCAACAUUUAAAUUAAAAGACGCUAUAUUAGUAUUUUAAGGUGUAUUUUUCCUACCUCUGAACAUUUAUAUGUAGUUUUAAGAAGUUCAUUCACUGAAAUGAAGUUUCUAGCUAACUAUUGUAUUGUUGUCUUUAAUCUUAGUAAACCUGAGAUAAAUUCAAGAGGACUUUUGAAUAAAACCAAAAGUACAAAUACCAUAAUUAUUCUGUUUAUUAUCUACAUAUUGAUCUACCUUCCAUUUUAGUGAACAAAAAUAUAUAUUAACUGU